CACCAUACAGCCUCACAGACAAACCCUUUCCUCCUCCCAUUUCAUUGCAGAGACAGAGAGAGAGAGAUUCAGACACAAAAAAUGCUUCUCAAAUCAGCUUCUGCUUUCUCCCUCGUGAACAUCCAUGGAGUCGAGAAGGACAUCUCUCCUCUCUCCUCCUCCUCGUCCUCGAGUCUUCCCGUUUCUUCGGGAAAACCACGAAACCUCUCCUUCUCUGUGUCUGCCUCAAAGGCUACCACCACCACGACGCAGACCCUAAGCGGCGUCGUUUUCGAGCCGUUUGAGGAGGUGAAGAAGGAGCUCGAUCUCGUCCCUUCGAGCCCACAGCUCUCUCUUGCUCGCCAUCUGUACUCUCCCGAGUGCGAAGCCGCCGUGAACGAACAGAUCAAUGUGGAGUACAACGUGUCUUACGUGUAUCACGCCUUGUACGCUUACUUUGAUCGUGAUAACGUUGCUCUCAAAGGUCUUGCCAAGUUUUUCAAGGACUCGAGUGUGGAAGAACGUGACCACGCUGAGAUGUUGAUGGAGUAUCAGAACAAACGUGGUGGGAGAGUUAAGUUACAGCCUAUGGUGAUGCCUCAGUCUGAGUUUGAUCACGCUGAGAAGGGAGAUGCUCUCUAUGCCAUGGAGCUGGCUCUGUCAUUGGAGAAGUUGGUCAAUGAGAAGCUCCUCAACGUGCACAGUGUGGCUUCGAAGAACGAUGAUGUGCAGCUGGCAGAUUUCAUUGAGAGCGAGUUUUUGAACGAACAGGUUGAAGCGAUUAAGAAAAUCUCUGAAUAUGUGGCUCAGCUCAGAAGACUCGGCAAAGGGCAUGGAACAUGGCAUUUCGAUCAAGAGCUUCUGGAAGCUGCUGCUGCUUAAUCUCUUCUUAUAAACUGAUGCUGCUUAAACCUGUUUUGGUUGUAAUCUCUCUUAUGAACUCUUGUUCAUUGAUCUAUUUUUGGUUCUGGACUAUUAAGCAGUUAGUUUUGUUUACACCUCUUGUUCACAAACCUUUGAGUCAACAACAUCUUACUAUCAACGGUUGAUUGUUCA